AUGGCCUCAAAGAAAGAUAUGCGCAGAGCCGAUCUGGCCAUUCCCUACGUCGAUCCCCCCAAGAGUAGCAGCGAUGCCGACAUCUCCAGCACAAUGUCCAGCACGAUGCCCAUGGCGGCUAUGUUCACUCGCAACCGGGUGUCCUUUGUCUUCUCCCUCCAGUCUUGGCUGGGUGAAUCUCCAGACCAGAAGAAGAAUGCCUCUACCCCGGCAUACAUGUCGGUUCUGAUGUCCUUGAUGGCCUUGUGUGUGACCUAUUUCCCUCUCUUCCUGCCCCCGCAGGCUCCUGGCGGUGUCGCCGCCGGAACCCCAACGCCGUCUCCCUAA